GAAAAAUGAGAAAUCAGUUUCAGGCACCUUUACCAACAUAAAACGUGGCGUCACUUUUGUGGGCGGAGCCCACAGUUUUGACUGACUCGUCACAACGCAGGUGUCGAAACCUGGAGUGGUUUUGAUGUUAACAAACAUAGACUGUCAUGUGACUUGACAUAACAAUGGAGGAAUUUUAUCAGGUCCUCCCUUCAGAGAGUUUCUCCCAUGUUUCUUUUUACACUGUGAGUGUUUGAAAAGUUUUACGGAAAACAAAGACAUUAAUUCCAAAUCUUGAGAUCGGCAGUUACUAUCUCUAUCAUGAGAACACCUGGGAUUUUUAUUUGCGGUUUGGUGCUCGCACCAUGCGGGUUGAUUUUAGAUCUGGCAAGCACCGUGGCACCGAGCUGGCGAACCAUCAAUAAUAUCGCCGGAGAAUCCACUGAUAUGGUUUUACAGCAGGGAAUUUGGGACAUUUGCAAGACAUUUACAUCAUCCCGGGAUAUACAAUGUGGCCAACCGGAUACGCAAUAUUUUAACACCCAGAUCAUUAAAAUAGCUCAGGGUUUGAUGUUGGCAUCACUUAUACUUAAUGUCAUAGCCAUUGGCGUGGCAUCCGCUGGAGUCCGAUGUUGGACCGAUAAACCACGAUGGACAGUGGCUGGGAUCGGGGGUCUUCUCAUCUUCAUCUCAGGGGUCCUCGCCAUCAUCGCAGUGUCGUGGUAUACUCACAUCAUGACCUCAAUUUCUUCUCCGUCAACCGACAUUCGUGUCGGAUAUUGCUUAGUUUUGGGCUUCAUCGGCGGUAUCUUGGAAAUGAUCGGAGGUUUGGUGAUGUCCAUCGGGUUAUGUUGGCGUUGUGGUGAUCGCUCCCGUCGGGAAAGGCCGAAGACAGACGUGGUAAAGUCCACCCGCGACCCACAUCCACUCCAUAGAGUUACAGUUCCGAGUGUGAGCAGCAUUAGUAGCUCCAGCAGUGUCCCUUAUUACUCCAAAGAUGUAGAUAUGGACUUUCCCAGAUCCAAGAGACAGAUAGACACUAGACCUGUGAACACUUACGGGGCAAGACCAUACGAUUCAGAUUUGUAAACAAGGACAUUUACAAUGAAAAAAUAAGGGCAAAAAAAGGAAACACCAAAAAAAAAAUGCUAUGGUUAUAAUGGGAUUUGUAUUGGUGUUGAUGUAAACUAUACCUAAUGGUCUAUAAUAUGUUAGGUUUGGAUGUUACAGUAUCUGCCUCAUGGGAACCAAUAGAACACAAUGAAAUCCUACUGAACCGGUUUUAAUGAUAGAUUAAAAUAGUAAGUUAAGGGUUCAUAAUGGUAAAAUUUAAUUCCAGUUUCUGGAUGUUUCUGUUGUUUUGUGAUGGGGUGGUAACCAACAUUUUGCCAAAUGCCAGAGUUUCUACAGAUUAUGCUUUUUUGUAAGUUUUCAGGUUAAUGUUCAAAUUUCUUUUCAAAAAUUAUAUAUUUUUUUCAUGAUGCCCAUGUAACCACAGUUUUAGUGUGAGUAUAACUAAUGGGCUUUACAAGUAAUUUAAACUACUAUUUAAAUCUUGACUUGCAAUGAGUUGCUGUAACUUAAAAAGUCAAAAUUGCUUAACUUAUAAUGUACAAACAUGAUCUUAAGAUUUAUUGAUCACAUAUUCCAUGAUUUGUCAUGUAAAAAAUCAGCUUUUAGGCACAGUUAACAAUGUUAAUAUCUGUAAAGGAACUGAACACAAUUUAGACUUUUUGUAGAACUGAGCUGUUCUGAAAUAUGUAAUUUAUCAGAAAUCUUUUGAGUUUGUAAAAUGAUAUCUACUAUAAAAGCAAAUUAUGUAGUAAAGGAAAUGCAAUGCAUGUUGGUAAUAACAUUUCCCAUGUUGACGAGACAGUUGAAAAACAUUUGUAGUUUGGGGUGCAUGGUGUUAUGUAUCCAUGUAUCUGACCUGUACCUGAACUUGUUUUGUUGAAACACAUACCCUGUUUAUUUUUCUGUUUAUGAUUGGCAAUGUGAUGGCUGACAGUAGAAAUGUGGCAUUCUUAAACACAUUAUUUAUACUGAAAUCAAGUAAUUUAUUAUUAAAAUAAAUUUUAUUUUUAAUAAUGAUUAGUGAAGCUUAAUGUGUCCAUGUGCUGAAUUUAAUCACGAUAUUUAGG